AUGGUUUCGGCUGAAUCCCAACUAAACAUUAUUGAACAGUCGAAAAAGCUUGCGGCAUUCGCGUGCGGCGAGAAGUAUGUGAGAAGCGGAUGUCUACUCGGCGUCGGAUCGGGGAGCACAGUAAAAUAUUUGGUGGACUAUCUCGGUGAAUCCUACAAGAAUGGGAAACUGACUGAUAUCAUGUGCAUUCCAACGAGUCAGCAGACAAAACAAUGGCUUGUGGAUGCAAAACUUCCGUUAUCGGAUUUGGAUAUCACUCCCGAGCUUGAUAUUUGUAUAGAUGGAGCUGACGAGGUGGAUUCAAACUUUCAAUGUAUAAAAGGCGGCGGGGGCUGUUUGGCGCAGGAGAAAAUCGUUCAACACGCUUCCAAACGGUUUUAUGUGAUAGGAGAUUAUCAGAAGAUGUCGCAACAUCUCGGCGAGCGCUAUGAUUCAAUUCCGAUCGAAGUCAUUCCAUUUGCCUAUCAGCCACUUCUCCUCUCGAUUCCUCAACAAUUCGGUGGAAUCGCAAAACUACGAGUAUGCGAUGAAAAUUAUGGGCCAGUCGUCACCGACAACUUCAAUUAUAUUAUUGAUUGGCAUUUUGACAAGACGCGCAAAAAUAUCGAUUGGAAAAUGGUACAAAUUCGAUUGGCGAAAACGCCGGGAAUCGUCGAAACCGGCCUAUUUAUUGAUGUCGUCGAUUCAGUUUUCAUUGCAAAUCCGGAUGGAACGGUUAAAGAAUGGAAAAAUACUAGAAAUCAUAAUAAUAGUGUUUGCAUUUGA